AAUUAGCAGAAAAGUUACGUGUUGUACCAAGUUGCAAGAAAACAUUGCAAGUCAACUCUUUUGGAGGUAAGACUCAAAAGAGUACAUUCAAUUUAUGCACAAUUGACAUUGUUUCUGAGGACGGAGACAUUGCAGUUGAUGUAAUAAUAGAAGACGAAWUCAUCAAACYAAUUGAUCGUUCUAAUUGGUCGUCCUGCCUUAAUCAACCACAUUUACAGAAUUUAAAUUUGGCAGAUGACUUGAGUCAAGUUAAUUUUCAUGUAGACAUUUUAAUUGGUUUGGAUGCUGUAUGGCAAUUUCUAAAACCAGAAGUUAUUAGUGGCUUUCCAACAGCUCAAGCAUCUAGUCUAGGUUAUGUGUUGUCAGGAAAGUUGUUUCCAAAUCCAAUUAGCAAUGAGGUCACAUAUCAAUGUUCAUCUGUAAAUCAACAAGGUCAAACCUCUAUUGAURAAUUUGAUCAAUCCAAUGUUGAGAGUCCAACAAUUACAGGUUACAGUGACAUUAAUGAACUUGUCUCAAAACUUAUUCAUAUUGAAUCAUUUGAUUUUCAAGAAGCUAGUGAAACCAACGAGGAUAACGAUUUCAUCCAAAGAUUUCAAAGUCAAAUUGAGUACAGGGAUGGAACWUAUUUUGUACCAUUACCAUGGUUAGAUAAUCAUUCACCUUUACCAAGUAACUUGCAUAUUGCAUUAAGCAGGGUUGAACAGGUCAAGAAAAGAUUGCUGAAGCUGAAUCUUUUUGAAGCAUWUUCCAAGGUAAUCUCGGAACAAAUUGACAAAGGKUAUGUUGAACAAAUUGAAGAGGACAAUGAACAGUGGGACGAAGCAGSAUCCCAUUACCUAAGUCACUUCUUUGUUUUACGUCCAGAUAAUGAAACAACACCUUUACGUGUAGUGUUUGCUGCCAAUGCAGGUCAAGUAUCACUCAAUGACUGUCUGUAUACUGGACCUUGUUUGCUUAAAUCUCUUCUCACAAUCAUUCAUCGUUUUAGAGUUAAUAAGUAUGCUUUUGUAGCUGACAUAGAGAAAGCAUUUCUUAGGAUCAAGCUUAAAGAAGAGCAUCGGGACUUUGUGCGAUUUCUUUGGUAUGAGGAUGGAGACCCAACCAAGCCACUUAAAGUCUACAGAUACACGUCAGUCUUCUUUGGGGGUACUUGCUCACCUUUCAUUCUCAAUUCUACGAUACUUCAUCAUCUGUCAAG